UCAUUUUCGGCGGAUUGACACGCUUCCAAUAUCAAAAAUUGAGAUAAAUUCGAUCUCAUUUUCUAUUUAUUUUAUUGUGUUUUAUUAUUUGCAUCUAUUCUAACAUCUGUGUUAUUUUAACUCGCCAAGAUGAGUACCAUAUUGGAGAAAAUUGCUGCUAUAGAGUCCGAGAUGGCUCGGACUCAGAAAAAUAAAGCCACCGCACUCCAUUUAGGUAUUCUUAAGGCUCGUCUGGCGAAGCUGCGAAGAGAGCUAAUUGCUCCUAAAGGUGGCGGUGGUGCCACUGGAGACGGUUUCGAUGUUGCCAAGACUGGUGAUGCUCGUAUUGGUUUUGUGGGGUUUCCGUCUGUUGGAAAAUCUACACUGCUGUCAACUUUAGCUGGUGUUUAUUCUGAAGUGGCAGCAUAUGAGUUCACAACACUCACAACUGUGCCUGGGUGUAUUAAAUAUAAAGGUGCUAAAAUUCAGCUACUUGAUCUUCCUGGUAUUAUUGAGGGAGCAAAAGAUGGUAAAGGUCGUGGUCGACAGGUAAUAGCAGUAGCGCGCACAUGCACUCUCAUAUUCAUCGUCCUGGACGUCCUCAAGCCGCUGCAGCAUAAGAAACUUCUAGAACACGAGUUGGAAGGGUUUGGAUUACGGUUAAACAAGCAGCCACCAAACAUUAACUUCAGGAAAAAAGACAAAGGAGGAAUCAACUUGAACAUUACAUGUCCGCAAUCUGAGUUAGACUUAGAAACGGUAAAAACUAUUCUCUCAGAAUACAAGAUACACAAUGCUGAUAUCACACUCAGGUAUGAUGCAACGAGUGACGACUUGAUUGAUGUUAUUGAAGGAAAUAGAGUCUAUGUACCCUGUAUUUAUUUACUCAAUAAAAUUGAUCAAAUAAGCAUAGAAGAAUUAGAUGUAAUCUACAAAAUACCACACUGUGUACCAAUAUCUGCCCAUCAUAAGUGGAACUUUGAUGAUUUAUUGGAGAAGAUGUGGGAGUAUCUCAAACUUAUCAGGAUAUACACGAAGCCAAAAGGACAGUUGCCGGAUUAUAACUCACCAGUUGUGUUGCACGCUGAUAGAACAAGUCUUGAGGAUUUCUGUAAUAAGCUCCAUAGGUCAAUUGUUAAGGAAUUUAAAUAUGCCUUGGUAUGGGGUUCAUCUGUAAAACAUCAGCCGCAGAAAGUGGGUAUUGACCAUGUGCUAGCCGACGAAGAUGUUGUCCAGAUUGUGAAGAAAGUUUAAAAAACUAUUUGAUUCCGAAAGUUGUGCUUUUAAAUUUUUUUUAGCAAAGAAAUU